AAAAAUAAAAGCAAGUAAGCGGACCCCAUCCCAGUGACCCAAUUUGAUUCGCCUGAAGUGGAUCGAGACGCAUCAAAGCAAACCAAGCAGGUCUCCAAUUUGCUACUCCCGGUACCCAGACCAGACCAGACCAGAUCGGAUGGCUUCGAAACGGAUCUUGAAGGAGCUCAAGGAUCUCCAGAAAGAUCCUCCUACCUCUUGCAGCGCCGGCCCUGUUGCCGAGGACAUGUUUCACUGGCAAGCAACAAUAAUGGGUCCCCCAGAGAGUCCUUAUGCAGGAGGAGUCUUUUUAAUCUCUAUUCAUUUUCCUCCUGAUUAUCCGUUCAAACCCCCAAAGGUAGCAUUCAAGACCAAGGUUUUUCAUCCAAAUAUAAACAGCAAUGGCAGUAUUUGUCUUGACAUCUUGAAGGAGCAGUGGAGCCCAGCCCUGACUAUCUCCAAGGUUUUGCUCUCGAUCUGUUCGCUUUUGACUGACCCAAACCCAGAUGAUCCCCUGGUGCCAGAGAUUGCUCAAAUGUACAAAACGGACCGGGCCAAGUAUGAGACAACUGCAAGGAGCUGGACCCAAAAAUAUGCCAUGGGCUAGUGUUCUUUGCGUUGAGGGCUCCGCUUAAAAAUGGUGUGCUUUCUGCUCUAUACUCCUGUGGUCAAAUGUAGAAUAGAACUAGGUGUUGGCAUCUGCAGAGACAAAAUAGUUCCUUCGACUGUUUGUAUGGUAAUUGGUAGUUAAAAAACCAUUUGGGAUUUGUAAACUGUUAGUUUCAUGAAAAUGUUUAAUCUUGUUUGUAUAUAGAA